AUGGAGGGGAGCGAGGAGAUCCAGCAAACCCUAAGCGAGAUCGACAGACGAACCCCGGAUGCCCUCCGCUCUUCGUUCCAUCUCGGCUACCGAUCUCCCUCGUCUUCAAGCAAGUACCCAGACAUGGACGCCUUCAUCGCCUCCGUGCUGCCGUCGCCGACCACGACGCGCACUUCGAUCGGGGUUGCCGACCCCGGCGUCAUCGGCGUGGCUGACGGCGUCAGCGCGUACAGCGCGAAAGGCGUUGACGCGGGCGCCUUCUCUCGGAGCCUCAUGACGAGCGCCCACCAAGACGCGCUCGAGACGGCGCCCAGGCCCAUCUGCCCCUACACGCUGCUGCAACGGGCCUGCGAGGGCGUGGCCUCGUCGGACAUCGGCUUCGCCGUGCUCCGCGGCGGCGCGAUCGUGCACCGCUCGCGGGCGCAGCUGGCCCGCUUCAACUGCCCGCUCCAGCUCACCGCCAAGGGCGUCGACUUCAUCACCCAAGCGGAGGUGGGCGAGACCCUGGUGAGGGACGGCGACAUCGUGGUGGUGGCCACGGACGGGCUAUUCGACAACAUGUUCGACGCGGAACUCGAGCGCGUCGUACGGAUGGGCACUGUGUUGGGCUUCUCGCCUAAGAACAUGGCGGACAUCAUUGUCGGCAUCGCCUACGAGAUGUCGUGGAGCAAAGACAAGGACUCGCCCUUCAGCGUCGGUUACCGGAAUCACACGGGGAGUCAACGGUGUGGCGGGAAGGAGGAUGACAUCACCGUCGUCGUUGCCUUCGUCGUCUCCACUCAGCUAGCGGGCGUGGACAAGGUUGAAGAUGAUGAUGCAGCUUCAAAUUCUAACUGGAUGGAUCAAGUCAAGAGGAGCAAAAGUGCAUACCAACUUGAGGACGUACUUUUACCAUCUCUUGCUGCAAAAAGCGAUUCCGAGCAAAGUGAAAAUCGACGUAAUACAUUGCGGCGUUCCAAUUCCGGACCGAUUUCUCGUGCCACAGGUCGUUGGUAUUAGAGCAGACAAUCAAAUAUUGUACACUCUAAUAUUGGUAUUAAAACAUCCCUUUCACGAAAUCAUUGUCACCAGCA